GAACUCGCAACCAGGCGUAGUAGGCAGAAGAUGAAAUGGGCUUUGUGGAUGAAAGAUAGAGCAGCUGGCGGUCGUUGUAGGUUCGUCUUCGUCAUUCAUCGAAUUUUGAUUUAAUAAUCGCGUAGUUUUCACUAGUUGCAUCCUCAGAGCCUCCUGCCAUUGGCAUUGCCAACCACGAGCAAAUCAACAAGAUGAACACUCGUACCAGCACGUUCUUCUUGCCGCGGCUCGUCUCUACACUAGCGCCUGCAGUCCUCUACUGCAGGAUGGCCGUCGACGUGGGAGCACGCCAGUCUACUUCGGCACGACGAGCGCAGCAAACGCGGGUUCUGCUGGAUGCCGCAGCUGAGGACUUGUCUCCUCAGCAAGAUUUGCUCGUCCACCUGGGGGAUGACUAUGACACAGAUAGCACACAGGAGUUGGUGCAGCAUGAUGUACACGACAAGCCAGCGGAACGAUUCAGCGACGAGCAGCACAGGUCAAGGCUGCAACUGCUUCGCGGUAGGAAAUCACAUACACAUCAAGACGAAGACCAAGAACCUGCAAUACCAGAACCAGGCGCAAGUGACGUCAUAACGAAAUCUUCGCUACUACUACAACAAUAUCACCAUCUUAUUCCGGACGAAACUAAACAACCACAACCAAGAAACAAAGCAAGUGCAGCCACCAACCCGUUCUCCUCCUUCCAAGAAGCAGGGCAGCAGCAACAUUUGGAGCAUCUUCGCGCGAAGCUCAAGCCAGAGGACCACUUAGCAGCUCUAAAGCCCUUGGGUGAGAAGAUUCUAUCGAGCUGCUUCCCGCGGCCCUCCGAAGAAAACAAAGAGAAAAGGGGCAGAAUGACCGACAUCACCAGUGCUGGCCAUACGACCACAUCAAACAAAAGAGCGAAUGUCGAGAUUCAAACGCGCGAUCCUCUGACACGACAGCCACGGAUCGACUUCGUCACUUUCUGGACGCCGCGCGGGGGCGACCAGGAUUUGAAGCAUCAGCUGCGGAGUUUUGGACAGAAUGGCUUGCUGUCAAAACUCCGGAAAAUUUUCGUUUUGAUCCUACCACCACCAGAGACAGGACGAGUGGCCACAGAGACAGACGCGGAGGAUGAACUACAGGCAAGUGGACCAGAAGAUGAAGAUCAACAUGGCAAACACAAAGAGCACGGUGUUAAUCUUGAUGCAACAGAAGGAAGUACUACAAAAACCAUGAUGCAAGCGGACGAGGCGGAAAUCGACGCGGAAACUGGUUUGUCAUUGGACAGAGAGAUCAGAGCCGGAAAGCAAAGCCAGGGCAGCGGCAAUGCUCGAAAGCAACAAGAUGAAAUUGCUAGUGGUAGGACAACGCGAAAAAUAUCAUCAUCCUCAAAAACGACCUCAUCCAUUUCAACCGCAUCUUCGAAAUCAAAGAAGCAAAAGCACUUCGCGAUGGAGCGGAUGCUGACUGAGCUCCAGCUGCCAAAGUGGCUCGACGACCAAGCAGACGAGGCUGUUUUUGAAGUUACCACAGUCGGUGAAAAGGAGACAGAUGUGCAGAACGCCAAAAGUUGGGCCCUUUCCCUGCUGCAACGUCGAAACAGGAAGGAGCGCGAGAAGAACUACAGUGACGCCGAUGUUGACAGUGCUGGUAGUACUUCUACAACCGCAUCAACCAGCGAGAACUACAAGGACGCCGCGAGAACAAGUAGAGCAUCCUCUUCUAGUAGCUCAAAUGCGGUUCUGCCAGCAGCUUCACUCGUUCCAACUAUCUCCUUUGUCACGGUGCCACAGUGCGUGGAAGAGAAGCUGGCCGAGAGCCGCAUCCGCUGGGCGCAAAUCUGCAAGAUGCAGCACAUGCACAAGAUUCCUGGCCUUUCCGACUGGUUUCUGUGGGGGCCGGACGACGUGUUUCUGUUUAAGAAAUUUCCUUCCUUCGGAACAAUUUUUGUGGAGAAGAAAAGUAAAAAGCCCUUUGCCUACUCCAGCGGCAGCUUCGGUCUCGGCGACUGUCUCGGGGAAAGACCGUUUGGCGAGUUGCACGGCGUGGCGUUGCUGAAUAAGUGCGCUCUGACGGAAACUUCUGCGGAGAUGGUGAAAGUAGCGCAAGACAAGGGCAGCACUGGCGCUGAAGGAUCUCAACUGCUAUCAUGGUUGAAACACAAACAGUACGUGUACGGCGAUGCCGACCAGAAUGUAGGAGGCAAAAUUCUUCAUCCCGAACUGAAUUCCGUCUGCGUCGCCACGCAUGCCAUGUUGGAGACUGGUGAAAUUUUCGCGAACAAGCACCUGAUCAGCUACGCGGGAAAAAAUUCCAAUGGCGUCGCCGUCAUUGCGGAGUGCCACGUGAACGGGCCCACUUGUCACACCACGCAGUAUUUGGAACAAAUCCCGACCGUCUUCGUGAACGUGCAGGGAGACGGGUUCAGUGCGGAGUACCCAAAGUUGGGCGAGAAACUUUCCCAGAAAAUAGAACCCUCCGAUCGCAUCACGAAAAAGUACUUCGAGAAGAAAUUUCCGAACCCUUCGGUAUUCGAAAAACAGAUCACCGAAAGUGUGUUUUUCGACAAGGAGAAGUUUGAAGUCAAGGAUGCUCCGGACGAAGAAAAGAAGAAUAGUCGGAUUGUGGAAGCCGAAGCCAGUGUUGGGGGUGGUGUUGAGAUUUCCAAGUUGGUGAACAAAAACCAGAUGUCGAAUCGACAGCAUGUGAAGAAAAGAAAAGUUUUAACGAACCCCUUUGCCCGCGAGUUAGAAAAGCUGGUAGGACGCCGGGAAAAGCUCAGAAAGCAAAGCCAAAGCCACUCUUCUGUGGAAAAAUCGGACCUCCACUCAGGAAAGAAUCCUGGCGCAAGACAGCAAAGCCACAUUUUUGAAAAGAGACAUGCUGUAUUCAGGGAAAAUUUGUCACCGUCACCGUUUUGGCAUAUUCAUUUUUUGAGCAAAAAAAUUUGAAUUUCUGCUGGCUUUGUAUGCGUGUCCGUGUCUGCCACAUGUUGCAACUGCGGCAAGCUAGCUACUGCGUUUCAAGCGCGCUGACCUAGCUCGCUGAAGGUAGUCCCGAAAUAUCCCAGAACGGCGCUGCCGUUAUACAGGCCAAAGCCGCGGCUCCAGAAGGUCCUUGGCUGGGAGGCUGUCUACUGACACUAGAGCAACCAGAUUUCCGUCCGCGGAGGAUCGGAAUAUUGUGGCUGGUCUUGCUGGGUUGCCCCUCAGCAUCUCGGGCACAUCUUACUCCUUGACGAAAGACCUUCAGCAAAGGACCUCCACAACCCGUGAAAAAAAGGCAAUUUUUUGAGCAAAUUAACCGACGACCUGGUGACAAAUCUCGAAAAUCGUGCAUUUUGCACGGUAUGGUGGACUCUGGGAGCCCAAAAUCGGAACUGGUGACAAAUGCCAGAAAUUUUGCAUUUUGCGCGGUAUGGUGGACGAUUGCGCACUGAUCAAAAAUUCUUGCAGCUGCAAGAAUUUUUGGUCCGUGCGCAAUCGUCCACCAUACCUUGCAAAAUGCAAGAAUUUGCUGAUUUGUCACCAGUAACAAAUCUGGCUCGGAAACGUCCACCAUACCGUGCAAAGUGUAAAACUUCUGGGAUUUGUCACCAGGUGGUCGUUAAAUUUGCUUAAAAUUUUGCUGCUUUUUUCUGGGUUCUGGAGGUCCUUUGCCGGAGGCCUUUCGUCAAGGAGUGACAAGGGCCCGACAUUCCGAGGAGCAACCCAACAUCGCAAGCCGCACCAUGCAGAAGGCCCCCCAGCAAGGGUCGAGCCCCUAUGCGCCAGCAGCCAGCCUCCUCGCAACGGACCUUCUGGAGCCGCGUCUUUGGUCUGUACGACGGCAAAGCCAUUCCGGGGCGCUUCUGGAUUGCGUUCAACUACACGGGCCACCAUGCUCGAAGUGUAAUGCCUCGCGGGCCACAUUUGCAACAACUGAUCAAUAUGGGCAUGUGUGGGAUAUCAGGAAAAAAUCAAAUUUUUUGGGUCGGAAAAUGAAUAUGCCAAAACGGUGACGGUGGCAAAUUUUCCCUGAAUAUGCUGCUUCCACCUCUCAUCCUGAGUUUCUGGAGCAGCAGGAACAAACGGAAACGCAGGCAGCGGGCGCAACUAGAAAAGUCUCUUCCUCCGAGAAAAUGAGAAUGCAGAACCAGCUCCGGCUCCUCAACCGCGAAAAGCAAAAGGAGCUGCAAACAACGCAAGGAAAUAAAGCGAUGACCAACGACCUGUUCAAUUCGAAACUGCAACACACCGCGUCGUCGUCGAAAAAAAAGUCGUCGGAGUUCCAUUGUUGGAUCAAGAACGAGGCAGACAGUAACCGCACGGCCACCUCCAUCGGCCACUCGUGCCUCGACCACACCGAGGAAGCCAGCUGCAACGGUGACGCGCUGUGCAUCUGGCAGACCCACCCGCGGAUGUGGCGCGAGUGCGCGUGGGCGAGUGAACACAAGGAGAAGCAAGUGGCGAACUCAGGCACGGCAGAGGAUGAGGAAUACUAUGUGGACGAGGAAUGCAUGGGGCUGUGCAAAGACUGGUAUUCGAUGUGCUUUGGCUUGAACGACAACGACAUGUGCGACUGGAAUAAUUUCGAGGAGUGUCGAAACGAGGAAGAUACCUGCUACGAGGCCGGGCGGACCUGGGUCGAGACCUGCGGCGCACGGAAUGCGCACACAGCAUUAACCAAAUUUUCUGCUGGGUACGUGGAAGACGCAGCGCAGUGGCUGUGCGCGGACGACGAAGAACCAGUUUUGACCAUAGAGCAUAUGCAAUCACAAAUUUCAAUAAACCGUGCACAGACAUGACUACAAAUGUACCAUCCAAUACGCAUGACAAUUUUUUGUUGCUAUGCUGCUACUACACCUUUGUUUCAGAUAUGAAUAUGCUAAUCGAAUUUGGUGAUGCUGAAUCAUUGAAAAAUAUCUUGCAGAAAUUCAUGGCUGCCAAUACUAGCUCAGACGGACACCAUGCACGUUGCAAAUUUUCAUUGGAUAAAGAACCUCUGCAGCCCCCAGCUGCAAGCGACGGACGAGAAUUGCAAGGCGCAAUGUAUGGAGAAGCUGCAAUUUUGCUUCGACGAAAGCGAUGUGAAUGCGCACGUGGACUUGCUGGGAAAAAUGAACACCUGCACUUUCUGGUCGCAGGAAUGCCACUGCAAAGUACGCGAUAGAAAAUGCAUUAUACCUUUUACGAGGACAACGUACAAAAGGCUUUGCAAAUUAUUCAAAUUUAACGUUAAUGUUGGAAGUUUUCCGAAUGAAAAUGACAUUUGUAUGUGUCGACAAUCUUCGGCGACGACGAGAUGAAGUUGAGGAGGCCUGUCAUGCAUGGUUAGCUGCACCAUUGGUUUGAUUUGUUUUUGUACGUACUCGCCAAGUAUGGGAUCAGCAUUUUUUUCUUCUGCAUACGAGGCCGAAGCGUACCACACCACCGGGAGCGGGUCGCAGCGGUGUGUUUCGGAUGGGGAGAUGUCGAUGUACGAGUUCCAGCUCGCGGUCUUAGUUAACCCCGAAACCGACAUUGCCGCCAUCAACGCGCAGUGCCCAGACACGACCAUUGCGCAGCCGGACGCGCGGUGUCCCGCACCGGCCCUGGAGGAUGAGGGAGGCUCGAGCAAUGUCGCGGCGGUCUCGAUUGGGUGUCUGUUGGUCGCGACGUUACUCAUGAUCGGUUGGGGAUUUGCGACGGGAAUGUUGAAGCUGGGCGACGGAGCGACCACCGGAGCAGGGGAGGGGGGAGACGAGCUGGCGGGCGAGGAGAAGGGAACAGCUGACGCAAGUCCAAGUGCAGAAAAAAAUGCGGACGAGGCUAAAGCGGAUGAUAGUGCAGCAGCGGCCACAGCUGCAAAGGCGGAACAUCAGGAGCCGAAACCCCCAGAUGAACAAGAAGAAACAAAACAGCCGGCGGUAGACAACAAGGGUCCGACGGGGGAUGAUGCGGUGGAUGAGGCAAUCACCGAGGCGAUCGAGGACGCAGCGGACAAAGAGAAAGAGAAAGCCGCAGCCGAGGGGACGACACCAGCGCCCGCGGAAGCAGGAGCAGCGGCUGGGGAAACGGCGGCUACGGCGGAAACGCCGGCUACAGCGGAAACACCGGCUACAGCGGAAACACCGGCUCCGGUAGCGGAUGGAGAGGCACCACCAGCGUCGUGA